GCCCUCUUCGUCUUCACUCGAGCCCUGUCGAUGGAGCUGAUUUUCUCUGUCGUCGUCUCUCUCGUCCUCCUCUCCGUGUUGUUGUUCUCGGUGACGCGACGGAGGUGUAGCCUGACGCGGUCUCUUACGUGUCGGUCUGAAUAAAAGUGGAGCUCCGUAGACCCGGGAGUGACGAAGCGAGUCUGUGUUGAUUUUAAAUGACCAUGGAGGCUGGUGCAGACACACAGCAAAGUGGUGAAACAGCUGUCUCGGAGUCUGAGGCUCAGCAGAUCACCCUGGCCCAGGGAUCCAUAGCAGCAGCCCAGGUGUCAUCCAGUAGUCCUACAGUCACCCUUGUACAAUUACCCAACGGUCAGACUGUCCAGGUGCAUGGGGUGAUCCAAGCUGCCCAGUCCUCUGUCAUCCAGUCCCCACAGGUCCAGACAGUACAGAUUUCGACUGUUGCUGAGAGCGAGGACUCUCAGGAGUCUGUAGACAGCGUGACAGAUUCUCAGAAGAGAAGAGAGAUCCUGUCCAGACGACCUUCUUAUCGGAAGAUUCUGAACGACUUAUCAUCAGAUGUUCCUGCAGUGCCUCGAAUUGAGGAAGAGAAGUCAGAGGAUGACUCAACCCCUGCCAUCACCACAGUCACCAUGCCCACUCCCAUCUACCAGACCAGCAGUGGCCAGUACAUUGCCAUUACCCAGGGUGGAGCUAUCCAGCUGGCCAAUAACGGCACAGAUGGAGUGCAGGGCCUGCAGACACUGACCAUGGCCAAUGCUGCUGCAGCCCAGCCGGGUGCAACCAUCCUGCAGUAUGCCCAGACCAGUGACGGGCAACAGAUCCUCGUGCCCAGCAACCAAGUGGUUGUACAAGCUGCCUCUGGUGAUGUCCAGGCUUAUCAGAUCCGCACCGCCCCCACCAGCGCUAUCACUCCUGGGGUGGUCAUGGCAACUUCACCUGCACUGGGAACAGGCGGAGGCACUGAGGAAGUCACACGCAAAAGGGAGGUUCGACUUAUGAAAAACAGGGAGGCAGCCCGCGAGUGUCGCAGGAAGAAGAAGGAGUACGUCAAGUGUCUGGAAAACCGCGUGGCUGUGCUGGAGAACCAGAACAAAACCCUCAUCGAGGAACUCAAAGCCCUCAAAGACUUGUACUGCCACAAAUCCGAGUAGGAAAAUCACCAAAUGGCCUGACAGGGGCUCCAAAGAUGCCCGUCUGUCCCCAUGUACAGAGACUCAGCACAGAGCCAUGCAUCUGGAUGCCACUUCCCCUUUUCUACUCUUUUGCUUUCUUUUUAAAAACUGCUGGAAAAUCUGUUAAAUGACUCACCAGGAAUACAAAAUCAAUCACUCCACCUCCCACUUCAGCAAUUCUAAAAUCACUAUUCUGUUCCCAUCAGUUUCUCAUGAAAGGUUGAGACAAUGUUAAGGAUGCUUUGUGGAGGAGGCUACAGCUGAUCCUUGUGGUGAAGUGAUAGAACAGACAGUGAGGCUGUUCUCGUUUUGAUGCCAUCAGCAGGAAGCAUUGCGGUCACUGGUGCCUGGGCAUCACAUCACCAGCAGCGGGAAACUGAAGUCAGCCACCACCACCGCCAACGAUGGAACUUUUUUCUGUUUAAUCCCCUUGAGACAUUUGGAUCGUUUUGAGAGGUUCUCUUUGCGUGCAACAUUUGUAAUUGUAACUGUUGUUUUGCGUUAACAUCUGUUACUAAUGCUUCAAACUGUAGAUGGGCUGUGUCCUGGACAUUUUUAUCUUUUAUCUAUGUUUUGGUUUACUAUGUUGGCUUACUGCUAUGUGCUUGCAUAAUGACAUUGAUAUAUUUUUUUUAAAACUUUACUUUGCCUUGAUAGGACAUGAACAAAAAAGCUAACCAUUACAUUGGGUUGUUAAAUGGUGUUCAUGUUAAAUGCAGCUUUAAAAAUAUCUGGUGAGAGACUGUGGUUCAAGUCUCUCAAAUGGAUCAUUAAUGGUUACCGAACUCUGAAAUGUUAAUGGGGUCUCCGGUGCAUGGUCCCAUCAUAUUACUAAGGCUUGUUGUUUCUGAUUGAUACCAGUCUUUUCAGAAACAUGUCCAGACAUAUAAAAGAAGACUAAUUAUGUCUCUGCUUCUCACCAAAGUUAACAGUAAGCACAGUUGUCUGUGGCAUAAGAUGAUUAGAGAUUAAUCAGAAAAACUGCGUUAAAAUGCAGAUGAACUUCUGCUUAUGUAAUGUCAACAAAAUGAUUAAACUACAUGCAGGCGCUACAAGUGCUUUAGCCAUCCAAUCCAAUCCAAUUCCUAGUGUCUUUCAAAUCAAAAAUAAUGAGCCUUACUUAUUUUGUAGUGAAAGGAAAUAUAUUGUCUUGUUUCUAAACAAAUUUUGGAGACCUGCGAAUCAUGGAUUGCCUGGUAUGUUUGUGUAUUAGAUGUCUUUGAACAUGCAAUGUCCCCACCUUUUUGUUAUCGGCAAAGUUUGAAUUCUGUACAACUGAAAAGGAAAUUCUUUGAGUUGGAGGUAGAUAUCUAAGAUGUCUGCCCGUGUUAAGGCACCAGCGGGGACUUGUCUCCAAACUCUGUUUACAGGAUUACAAAUUGGCAUGUGUUCUUUCCUUGCAUAUACAAUCCUACAACAUUACACAUGAUUUAACAGCAAAGUGUCAUGAACGCUCACAGGCAAAUCCUGUUGCUGCAGGACUGUAAGCUUUUACUUUGACGUGACUCUCAUCGCCAGUUUUUAACUGCAAGGCAUCAGAGUGCUUUGUUCCUUUGCAGCCAUCAAGGCAUAAUCAUGCAUUUGAUUAGACGUUAUUUGCUGUGUGGGGUGUCAAAUCUCACUAAGUACAACUCAAAACACCCUGCAAAAGGACUGUAAAGUGUGACCAAGUCAAAAGGAUGGUGACUGCACAGAGAACAAAAUGCAUAUUUUCAUGAUCAUGGAAUGCCAUAUUGUAUUAUUUUGGGUAUUAUGUAUUGUCAUGACAUAGUAUGCUUUUUUUUAUGUUGCUUUUCAUUAAGUUUGUAUAUUCACUAUUUCUAAAUGGCAGCACCAUCUUGUAUAAUAUAAUACAGUGCAUCAUGUUAGAGCUAUUGAAAUACUACAUUUUUGGCAGCUGUUAAUAAAUGUGUUUCUGGUAAUCUUUGA